UCACGGCGCACAUUUGUCGAGCAAGAGCUUGUCCAGUAAGAAAAAUGGCCGAGGAUGAGAAGUUUUUCUUCUCGAAGACUGUGCAACAUUUGGCCAGAUCUUUAGCAGGAAUUACACCUACGCCAUGGGAAAAGGUCAAUGUACUCUACAAACGUUGCCCACAGGAAAGUGCAGGCGUUUUUCGCCUAGAUCAAAGAGCGCAAGAUGCGACAAUUGCCCUCGGAAUUUAUUUUCUCGAAUCAGGAUUGCAGAAUCGCGAUCGAAUUUUACCUUAUCUGUUACGGCUUCUGCGUGGUCUUCCUAAAGCCGUAUGGCUGGACGAAAUCAUUUAUAAUGCAACAGAACGAGUACCUGUUGCUGAACGCUUUAGCUUCUGCCUAAAUACGCUGUUGAGCGAUGUUGCUGCAAGAUGUGAAUUCGCUCGCGAAGAAAUUAUCGCCAUCCAAGUUGAAAUACUCGCUGUACUGACCAACCUCAUACGAGGCAGCAAUGAUCAGAGUAAUAGUAGAGGACUGCAAGCCAAAAUAUCUUUAUGCAAGUGUAUUGUGCCGAUACUAAUUGGGUUAGCACGCUCGAUGGGAAGAUUCACAUAUGUCGAUCCUCCAUUACUUUGUCGCUUAUUCCCACGACCGAAACCGCCCGUCGGUGUUUCCAUAUGUGAUCGAAGCAUCUUAGUAGACAAAAAACAGCAUUGUUUCUCUAAUUUCCGGCCGAUCAUACCACGUUCACUAAGUGGUAAUUUAAAUCUUCAUCUGCUCGCCGAUAGUGCCUCAGUUUCAUUAUCGAUCAACGACUACGAUAAUUCAACGAUUAAUCGACCCUCACUGCAAUCUUAUUCUUCAGUGCCAUUCGAUCCAAGCAAUUUCUUUUUCCACAAGUAUGGCUCCAGUUUUAAUCAAUUUCCACAAGUCCGACAAAGUGAAAGUCCCGAUAGAAAGUCUAGUAUACAAUUCAGCGUAGUACAUCUGAAAAGCGUCCUAGCAUUGGCUAAGAAACUCCUUACAAAAGAUACACUUGCAUUUCUUGAUGAGGAGGCACAGCUGGUAUAUAACUCUGGCAUGGUACAAAUUUUUCCGUAUAAGUCAUUCAGUGAAACAAUGAACUUAGUCAUAGUGGCACUUCUACGUGAGCUGCUGCAAGGCCAAAGGGAUUUGCCAGCUCCAUUUACCCGAGAUGUACAAGAAUUCAUGAAGGGUCUGUUUCUCUCUGGACAAACAGAACUGCAAUCAAGACAACAACAUGAUGUAAGCGAACGUGAGGAUAUGGACACGGAUUGCAAAACAGUUAAUAGAUUUAAAAUGAACGUAAUGGCUAAUUCUGCUUGUGUGGAUAUUCUAGUCUGGGCUAUCGGCGACGAAACUGGAGCUGAUAGCCUCUGCAGCCGUCUCACGGAGAAGAUUUAUUCAAAUUAUAGUCAUAAGUUAGUUCUCGCACAUAUGCCAUUAUUAAUGGUGUGCCUCGAUGGUUUGGGAAAACUUGCUCAGAAGUUUCCCAACAUUGCAAGCACCUCGAUUUAUAAUUUACGAGAUUUUCUUGUAACCCCUUCACCAAUCCUCCUCAAACUUCAUCGGCAAUGUAGCGAACGAUUGACGAAAAAUCAGUUCAAAGUAACACUACAAGAUAAGGAGGUGCGAGAAAGUGAUACGAAACAUACUGCUUCUUUAACGGAAAUGGCCUUUGAAACUUUGAGAGACUCGGCCAUUAGAAAUCUUUGUGUUGCUUUAGAAGCUGCACAUUCUGUAGAUCCAGAUUGUGUGCCUGCAUUAGUUGCAAGUGUGUCAAACAGACUGUUCACUGCUGAAAAGAACGACAGUGAAAAUGAUGAACGGCUGACAAAUGAGCUGAUUUCUACGAACAUCGUAAUUAUGCUAGGACACGUAGCAGUUGGCUUGAAAGAUAAGCCAAAGACAACGCGAACGAUAUUGCAAUUUUUUCAACAACGUUUCUGUCGAAAACAGAGUUCUUUGGACGCACUUAUUGUCAAUCAACUGGGUUGCAUGCUUAUUGCGAAAUGUGGAACUGGAGAAGGAAGCGAAAGAGAAUCAGUUUCCCAAGUUUACGAGGAAAUAAUGCGAAUGUUCUGGAUGCCACUCGUGCCAACAGAUGACCGUCAAAAAUAUUUGCACGUCUCUUCUGCAGUUACUAACGCUCUCGCUAACAUAGCUGCUAACAUGCUGGGAGAAUCUGAAUUAGAUGAUUUACUCCUUCGUCUUUUGGAACUCUUCGUGCAGUUGGGUCUUGAACCUAAAAGAGCUAGUGAUAAGUCUUCGAAUAAUGUAACAGCACCAACAAAAACGUCAAAUAGUGCUGGCGGUAUGGGCGUUCUAAUACCAGUAAUAGCAAUUUUAGUUCGUCGUUUACCUCCCAUUCGAAACCCUCGUCCUAGAAUGUUGAAGAUUUUCAAGGAUUUCUGGUUGUACUGUGUCGUUAUGGGAUUUGUAUCAGACUCCUCAAGCAGAAUAUGGCCUCGUGACUGGUACGAAGGUAUUAAGGAAAUCGCUGUAAAAUCGCCCUAUCUUGUAUUCCAAAUCAGCUCGCGAGUCGAGAUGCGUGAACUUCAAUUUACUUCCGUCGUCAGAAAUGAUAGCGUUUCACAGAACGAGCUCCAGGAAUUACGAAACCAAAUACUCAAGAUGAGCAGCAGAUCAAGCGAUGUUACUCCUUACGUUGCCAAACUACAGUUUGCUCAGUGCACCUACUUAUUAUCCGUUUACUGGCUAGAAACACUGAGAGUGGAAAAUAGUCAUGAACCAAGUUUACAGCCAAUUAUGGAGUAUCUCAGUGAUACUGCAUUAUUGAAAGAUAAAAGUGGUAUGUGGCAGUGCAUUUGCAGCGUUGGUGAUGCUGUUUUUAUCAAAUUUAAGGACGUCAUGCAGCGAAAACCGAAAGAUGAAAAACGCGAACAGCAAUUGGAGAAUCACGCCAAAUUUCUUUUAGUCUAUUUUAAUCAUAUUCAUAAGCAAAUUAGACGAGUCGCUGAUAAAUACCUGAGUGCACUGGUGGACGCAUUCCCACAUCUUCUUUGGAAUUGUAAGGUCCUAUGGACUAUGCUGGACAUUUUACUGGUCCUAUCUUAUUCUCUUCACCUUGAUCCUAAUGAGGAAACACCUGAGUUGCAAAUACCUGGUACACCUUAUAGUAUUCAACUGAUAGAAACUGUCGACGCAAGAGAAAUUAUUGUAAAGGAUUUUACUGCAAGGUGUAAAGAAAUUGUUCAGGAAGCAAUGAAAUGGGCGCCUCAGGCUACUCGUUCGCAUUUACAAGAAUAUAUCAAUCGUAUUCCUUCCGCUGGAACGUGGCCUUAUGCUGGUUAUGCGAUAGCUGCUGAUUCUAUACUUGAAUUUGUUGACUUGGCACUUCCUACGACAAAUUCCGCAAUUACUAAUUCCAUGGAUAAACGAUCUCGAGCGAAGGGUGCAAGUUCCUGGCUUCUUUCGAUGAUGUCGACGCGCUCUUGGUACGCCGGCGAAGUUGCAGGAAUGCUUAAUCUUGCUCGGAGUGAAUCGCCAUCUUCAGAAAACAUAAAUGAAGCAAGUCGAAAUGCAGUUGCCGAUCGACUGAUCGAUGCAGUUUCGCGGGCUUGUCACGAACGAAAUGAUAAACAGCACCGAGGUGCUCUUUGGCGAGCCACCUCCCUUCUGAUUUCUGUUCCAGGAACACAUAGACCUUUAUUGCAUACAGUUGCCUGGUCGCACGUCGAACUAUUCACUGAUACCGCAAUGUCCACGGCAAUUGAUUGCUGGCAAUGGAUUUUUACGACGCGUCCAGAUCUGAAGCUGUGUUUCCUGCAGGAAAUGCUUUCAGCUUGGCAGUAUACUGUAGAUAAAAGAAUGGGUCUUUUUUCCCAGGAAGAGGAAGAGGUAAGCCCUCUUGCAGUGUUCGAAGGUUGUAAGCUUGGGCCGAAUCCACCUGAUGUGAAACCGCACGAACUCUGGAUUACUUUUGUACUAGAACUCAUAGAAACUGCGAAGUAUUGUUGCCAAGAAACUGUGGAGAUGAUCGCAAUGUUACUGCAUCGUUCGUUACCGAUGACGGUUGGUGCCCAAAGACACGAACCUCACUUAAAUCGUCACGUCGCAGCUGUAGGAGUACGAUUUAAACUUCUCUCCUGUGGGCUGAUCUUACUUCAAGGUGACACGCUGCCAAGGUCUUUAAGUAAAAACGUUUUACGUGAACGUGUGUACUGCAAUUGUUUGGAUUACUUCUGCCGUGAGCGUCAGAGUCCUACUCAGGAACCAGACCAACUUUUAGAAGAUAUCUUGACACUCAGACGCUUUUGGCAGGUGAUAAAAAGUGAUAAAAAGUAUUUGAUGAUGACGAAUGGCGAUGGAGAGUUCGAAAUUAUCAGACCUCAUAUGAGCACGUCUUCAAAUUAUGGAGGAACAAAUGACAUAAUCAGUUCUCCAACACUAGGUAGUUCCGAUAUAGGAAAGACUUCAGCUUCUGGGCGGAUAAACACAAUGCCCCUUUCUGCCAGCAGUAAUACUCUCAGUAAACGCAGCAAUCGCAGUAAGCGUGCUGUCACUGGGAACAUUUUCAUAAAGGAUUAUAUCAAAAAACGAAAUCUCAUCUUAGAACUUCUGGCUGUCGAAAUUGAAUUACUGCUGGUUUGGCGAAAUCCAGGUGACAGACCAGAUCUAGCGGUGCAAGGAGAGCAAAGUAUCGCGGAGUGGCGUUUGAAAGCAAUGAACGAACGUUGGCGCGAUUAUACUCGACUUGCCUGGGAUAUCAGUCCUGUUUUGGCAGUUUUCUUACCUGUUCGUUUAAAAAAUUCAGACACUAUUGUCAAGGAGGUUUGUCGACUUGUACGACUUCGUCCUGUUAGUGUGAUGCACGUCCCGGAAGCUUUGCAAUAUCUUGUAACCACCGACCUUUUAUUAAACGAUGCUCCAGAGUUGGUGUACAUGUUAACAUGGGCAAGGGUAUCACCGAUUCAAGCAUUGGCUUACUUUUCGAGACAAUUUCCACAUCAUCCGAUUUCGGCACAAUAUGCAGUUAGGGUUUUGGAAAGCUAUCCAGCAGAUGCUGUUUUAUUUUACAUACCUCAACUGGUCCAGGCAUUGAGACAUGAUUCGAUGGGCUACGUUACAGAGUUUAUCAAGACGAUUUCCAAACGAUCACAGGUGGUGGCACAUCAAUUAAUGUGGAAUAUGUACACGAACAUGUAUAUGGACGAGGAUAAACAAAUCAAAGACCCCGUCCUCUUCGAUACAUUAGAUUCACUGGUGAAGAGUCUUCUAGGCGCACUUUCAGGACCAGCAAAACAAUUUUAUGAGAGGGAAUUCGAUUUCUUUGAGAAAAUAACGAGCAUUUCGGGAGAAAUUAGGCCCUACCCGAAAGGCAUGGAAAGAAAACAAGCGUGUCUUCAUUGUUUAAGAGAGAUCAAGGUUCAGCCAGGGUGUUAUUUGCCUUCCAAUCCUGAAGCGAUGGUUAUUGAUAUCGAUUAUAAUAGCGGUACACCUAUGCAGAGCGCUGCCAAAGCACCGUUUCUUGCCCGUUUCAAGGUGCAACGGUAUGGAAUUAACGAAUUAGAAAACAUCGCAAUGGCUGUGUCUUCAAAUACAAAACUAGAAACGAACAUCCCAGGAAUUGAGUCAUGGCAAGCUGCGAUCUUUAAGGUUGGAGACGAUGUUAGACAGGAUAUGUUAGCUCUACAGGUGAUCAGCAUUUUCAAGAAUAUAUUCCAAAAAGUGGGACUCCACUUGUUCUUGUAUCCAUAUAGAGUUGUUGCUACCGCACCUGGUUGUGGUGUGAUAGAAUGCGUUCCAAAUGCGGAAUCGAGAGACCAACUCGGACGAAGGCAAGAUGGUGGAUUGUACGAGUACUUCAUAACUAAAUAUGGAGAUGAAACGACGAAAGAAUUCCAAAAUGUGCGACGCAAUUUCAUUAAGUCAAUGGCUGCUUAUAGCGUCAUUACUUAUCUUCUUCAGAUCAAAGAUCGCCACAACGGAAAUAUAAUGAUCGACAAUGAAGGCCACAUUAUUCACAUCGACUUUGGUUUCAUGUUCGAGAGUUCACCCGGUGGUAAUUUAGGUUUUGAACCUGAUAUCAAACUUACAGACGAAAUGGUUUUGGUCAUGGGUGGGAAAAUGGAGGCUGCACCCUUCAGGUGGUUCAUGGAACUUUGCGUACAAGCUUUCCUUGCUGUCAGGCCUUAUCAAGAAGCUAUAAUAUCUCUCGUCUCACUGAUGUUGGACACAGGAUUGCCUUGCUUCCGAGGUCAAACAAUUAAGUUACUGCGAACUCGAUUCGCGCCUAUGGCUACAGAUCGCGAAGCUGCAAUCUUUAUGCUCAACGUCAUUCGAAAUAGCUACGUCAAUUUCCGUACUAAAGCUUAUGAUAUGAUACAGUAUUACCAAAAUCAAAUUCCAUAUUAAACUGUAUUUAAAGGCGAAGUAAACCUUCUUUUUCAAGUAUUUUCCUUAACUGAAUCAAGCCAGAGGUUAAACAAUGUUCAAGAAUCACGUGUACGAUAAAUAUUGUCAUCAAGUUCAUGGUGUUAUACUGCGCAAUGUCAGUGCUGUAAUUUGUAAAAAUGCUAAUGGACGUUAUAAUAAUACUUAAUGAUUUACAAGUAAGUACGUCGUAUAUGUAUGUAUGUAUUUAUGUAUGUAUGUAUGUACUCAUUUAUAAUAAUUUUUAAGUAUUCAUGUGAAACUCUAAAAUCGUGCGUAGUCAGAUUCGAGUAUACAACCACAUUCCUUCACUUAAUUAUUAAUUUACGCAUUGUUGACGGUUACAGAAUGAAUUAAAAAACCCCCUCGUUUAAAA